CUGCCUGCGACCCGACAACUGCAUUCCCGCAUGAACCGGCCGAGAUGCUGCAGUCGGCCGGUUCGAGGCUCCGCCUGGCCGGAGUCGUGCUGCUGUCGGCGGCCGUAUACUACGUCUACGUGCCGCUGCCGAGCGGCGUGAGCGAGCCGUGGAAGCUGAUGCUGCUGGACGCGCUGUUCCGGAGCUUCAUGCAGGCGAGUGACGUGGCUCAUGCGCUGGGUGUGUGCCACCGCGUCCACCUGCUGAACCAGGUGGUGUCCUGGGUGGAGGUGAUCGAGGCGCGCUCAUCGCCCACCGUGCACGUGAUUGACACCACCCUGGGAGGCGUGCCCGCCCGGGUCUUUCAGCCCAACGGAGGGAAGAAGCUGAAAAGAGGAGUCAUCUAUUUCCACGGCGGAGGCUGGGCGCUCUGCAGCGGCAGGAUGCGCUCCUAUGACCUUCUUUCUCGGAAAAUGGCGGAGGACCUCGACGCCGUCAUCAUGUCUGUUGAUUACCGUUUAGCUCCCGAGGCCGUGUUUCCGGAUCAGUACCACGACGCCUUGGCAGCAUCCCGGGCCUUCCUGUCCGCCGCGGUUCUGCAGCACUUCAGCAUCGACCCGGAGAGGGUCGGCAUAUCUGGAGACAGCGCCGGGGGGAACCUGGCGGCCGCCGUGGUGCAGGAGCUCGGCUCGGACGACACCCUGAAGGUGAAGUUCAAGGCCCAGGCUCUGAUCUACCCGGUGCUGCAGGCGCUGGACUUCCACACGCCGUCCUACCAGCAGAACCAGGCCGUGCCCAUCCUGUACCGGCCCUACAUGGCCCGCUUCUGGCUGCAGUACCUGGGCGCCGACUCGUCCCUGGAGCCGCUGCUGCUGGCCAACAACCACAGCGCCCUGGACCAGCCGGGCAUCAGCCCAACCACCCGCUCCAGGGUCAACUGGACGGCUCUGCUGCCGGCCGAGCGCAGGAAGCACUUCCGACCCGUCGUCAGAGAAACCGGGUUACCGGGGCUGGUGGGCAAGGUGCCAUGGCUGACGGACGUGAGGGCGGCGCCGCUGCUGGCGGAGCAGCGGGUCCUGGCUCGGACGCCCAAGGCCUACGUGAUGACGUGUGAGUUUGACGUGCUGAGGGAUGACGGGAUGAUGUACGCCCGGCGGCUGCAGGACGCCGGCGUGGCCGUGACCAGCGACCACUACGAGGACGGAUUCCACGCCUGCAUGGCCUUCGCCUACCUGCCCAUGAUGUCCAGCGUCGGCCAGAGAAGCAUGAACAGCUACAUCCGCUGGCUGGACCAGAACCUGUAAGCCGGCCGGCGCCAGCGAUCCACCCCUUCACGGCUUUAACCCAGAAAGCUCAGGAGGAGAAAUAGCACAACAUAGACUAAAAAGUGUGCGUGUGUGUGUGUUUAUGUGUGUGUGUGUGUGUGUGUGUGUAUCUCGUUCAUCCACUGUAUCGUUGCUUCUUCGGGAAGGAGCAUCUUUUUAAAAUCUAAAACCACUAAAAUCCACUGGACUUAAAGAUCUAAGUUUCCACCUCCCUGGAAAGUUUCCCUGAAACCAAAACUUCCUCAUUCAGUCGUAACCAAAGAAUGAAAAAACAUUAUUCAAUGCAAAAUAUAGCAGAAAGAUAGUAUAUUUAUGAUUUUUCUUUUAGUUUAUUUAUUCAUAUGUUUAUAAAUGAAGUAAAAUCUACGAAUUUAAAGUUAAACAGAGACAUUCUGACUCGACACUGGAUCUGAAGCUGCGCGACAGCGCCCCCUAUAGAGCCGGAGUGUAACUAAACCUUCGCUUUUUCUUUGUGCAGUUCCUCGAAUGACCAGCAGGGGCUGGAUUUAGACAUUUUUAAAUACCUCAUCAGGUAAAAUGAUCAAAAAGUCUUAAAUUAAUGCAUCAUUGGCACUGACGUGACUCGACAUCUGUUGAUGAAGACUCGAGUAGAAUCAUUGUUUUAAGGAAAAUCCAGCUUGUUAUGCUGGUAAAUGUGGCCUGGAAGGAUCUGGGGAUGGAGGUGGCUCGGCUGGAGCUCUGGAGGAGCUGGACCCGAGCCCGGUUUGAGAUCCAGUUAGGGAUCUAACCAACCCUCAGAACCCUGCAGGUGAUGUCACAGAAGGGUUGGGCCACUUAUCUUUAUACAGUCUGAGAUGAAAGCAAGUACAUCGUCCUCAUAGCUCAUCGUCCAUGAAAUACCUUUCAUGUUUGCUGGAUACGAUACUUUGGUCCGGGUCCGGUUUAGCGGUUCUCUCUCUGAAAUUGGCUCAUUUACAGACCCGGCGAGUGCUACAGUAUGUGGGUCAGGCGUGUCGUAAAGCUGGUGUACCGGGUCAAAGUUCAGCGGUGUUGUGUUCUGCACAAAUGGGUUCAUGCAGCCGAGCUGAGCCAAAUGUGGGCCAAAGACAACUCCAGAUGCGGGCUGGGUUUGGGCCGAGCACGCCUUUCUCCAAGACGUAACGUUACGCCUCAGUGACCUCAUCCCGCUUUUAUUUAUGGUCUGUUAAGCCUGAAUUAUGGUUCUGCGUCAAACCAACGCAGAGCACACGCCGCUGCCGUGACGCCGUCGUGAACCCUUCUGACUUCUCCGUCAGUCCAUUUCUCUGCGGUGCAGUACCCCCCGUGACCGCUAAUUUGCAAUCUUUUCCUGAAUUGUUUAUCUGACUUUUUCCGGUCACAGUGAAUCAAAGAGAUAAGGACAACUACUGUGCAAAAAAACAAAACAGAAAAAAUCACACAUACACGAAGAAAAGAGCGCUGAAAGUUCACGACUGCUUCAAACCGGAAACCGGAA